GUCGAACCAUGUCCGGGGGAGGAAAAGACAGAAUCGCGGUUUUCCCGUCUAGAAUGGCGCAAACCCUGAUGAAAACCCGUCUGAAGGGUGCUCAAAAGGGUCAUUCUCUGCUGAAGAAGAAGGCCGAUGCGUUGAAUCUUCGUUUCCGUGACAUUUUGAGAAAGAUUGUUGAGAACAAAGUCCUCAUGGGAGAGGUUAUGAAAGAGGCUGCAUUCUCUUUGGCUGAAGCCAAGUUCACUGCUGGAGAUUUCUCUCACACUGUCAUUCAAAACGUUUCUCAAGCUCAAUAUCGUGUUCGCAUGAAGAAAGAGAACGUUGUCGGAGUUUUCCUUCCGGUAUUCGACGCCUACCAAGACGGACCAGAUGCAUACGAUCUUACUGGUCUCGGAAAGGGAGGAGCCAACAUUGCUCGCCUGAAGAAGAACUACAACAAGGCCAUCGAAUUGCUCGUCGAGCUCGCCACUCUUCAAACAUGCUUCAUCACUUUGGAUGAAGCCAUCAAGGUUACCAACAGGCGUGUCAAUGCUAUCGAGCACGUUAUCAUCCCACGUAUCGAGAACACUCUGACAUACAUUGUGACUGAGUUGGACGAAAUGGAAAGAGAGGAGUUCUUCAGAAUGAAGAAGAUUCAGGCUAACAAAAAGAAACUGAAGGAACAAGAAGCUGCUCAAAAAGCAUUGGAAGGACCAGGACCAGGAGAGGACGCAGCACAUUCUGAAAAUAAUCCACCGCGAAAUUUGCUUGCAUCGGAAGAAGAUAACUUGCCAGUCCUUUUCAAUUAACCAUUUGAUUUUCUGAUUGCCUCACAAUGAUUUCUGCUGUAAUUUUAAUUUUUUCGGAUUACGGUAGGAACUCAUUUGACCACUAGUCUCUUAUCAUUAUUUGUAAUCAGAUCCCCCUUCCUUCCCCUCAUCCAACACCCUCCGAUGUUCUUCCUGUUUUCUAUGUGGUUUCUUCUCGUAUAGAUUGACAAACAUUCCAUUAAUUUUCCCGUAUGCAAGAACAAUCGAUUCUGUGAAUAUGUACUCCAACCAUUUUCUUUUAAAACUUAAAAAUUCCUAACAUUUUCCUGCUUCCAUUUUCCAUUUAGACUCGUGAUGUUAUCGUAGUAAAGGUUUGUAAAUGAAAU